AUGCGACGUCGAUAUGAUCAUCGACGUGCUGCGAAGGCCAAGGUAAAAGCUCUCGAGAAUGCUUCAUCUGCUGCAACCAGUAGCUCUUUAAAUCUUACAAAAGCCACUAUAGUCUCUACUGCCACAUCCAGUACGAAAAAACGUCAAACGACGGUACACGCAGCUGCACAGAUUAAAUUACACGUCCACGGUCACGAAUUUCUAAGUGGUGAAGAAAUUGUAUUGAAUCCUGAGAGUUUUCCGCAACUGAAAGAGCUGAUAUGGAAAGAUUAUGUUGUUGAAGUGUUUCAUCCAGAGCAUGUGAGUGACGUGCAGAUGCGACAGUUUAUGGCAACGGACGGGGCAGCUGCUGCGAUGGCCGAAGGAUCACCACAGAACCAUUUGCUGCUGGAAAUUCCAGAAAGCAGUGCCGCACCACUGAAAGGAAAGAUGCAAGUGAGUGUCCUUAAAGACACAGCUGCUUUCUUUCAAUUGGCACCAUUUAAGGACGUCACGGUGCGUUUUUUGCCCAAGACACAAGUCGAAGUGGAUUUCGUGGAAGUGUCACUGAAAGAUCAAUUCAUGUCAAGACGAGACCUCAUGUACUUGCAACAAUCUAUGGUAGGCACAGCAGUGUACGUGGGCAAAACAAUUCGAGCUCAAGGGACGCGGUGGCAGGUGAUGGACGUACGUGCAAGUGGUGACAAGGUCCGGAGUGGCGUGAUUUCAGAAAAAACCAAGUUUACAUUCCGUUCACGUACGUCACGGAUCAUGUGGCUGGUGCAAGUUAGUCCUGAGAUGUGGGAUAUGGCAAAUUCGGGCAUGUUGUACUUGGAAAUUCUCUUGACGGUGGUACGAAACGUCCUGAGCAAGUGGAUGAGGCAUAAAGUCUCGCAUAGCCUUACGAUUAUCUUUUAUUCUCGCUGUUUUUACCCAGAAAUGGACCAGGACCAAAACCCAUCGCCUUCGGACGGACAGUACCAAACGUUUAUGCCGAAGAGAAAACGAUCACAUCCAACAGACGAUGAAAAAGAGUCAUCAUUCCCGUACGAAAGAAGCGAUUGCUUCUCGGUUGGUGUGGAUGGAAAUGGAAGGCAUUAUCAGGACUUUUACAAACUUGUGGCGUUUGAUAACAUCGUCACAGAUGUCCAGCCCUUGCUUGUGCAACUCAAAGAAGCAAUAAACGCGUUCCCGCGAGAAUGUGGAUGGCGAUCACCAGCCGGCUUUUAUGUUUCGUCAUUCUCCCGUACGGAGUCAAUACAGGAUGAGUCGAGUCCACGAGCAGGAGUUCCCUCAAAUGCACGUGACGGAAAUCUACUUGAAGCUGUAAAUCUCGUGCUUAAUAUUUUUGAGAAGCACCAUAUUGACCGUGACUUAUCGCGCAGCGGUCAAAGCGUCGUGCUUAUCACACCAGGAAACGGCAUUUUUUCAGUCAAUAAGCGUCUGUCUGAGAUUACAGAACAACGCAUGAUGGAUCAUGGCAUCGGCAUUGAUCUCAUUUCGCUGGCGUCUCGUCCAUUGCACAAAUGCCCGUUAUUCCUCUUCAAACAGUCCGAUUUGUCUGAAAUGAAGCUUCCAGGUCGGAAAGAAGGCAAUCCUGCGACUGAGGUGUGCGUAUGCAACAACAAUCCACACGGCUCAAAGAAUGGAUAUCAGCGGUGCUCACGUACAGGUUUGAAUGAAGCCACGACCGAGCCACAGUCAGCAGCGGCAGACACGGGGGUACGAACAGGCCAGUUGUGCAAGUAUUGUUUGCAACGGAUGGAAAACCGCAAAAACUAUAUAGUCCCUCUUUGGAUUCCGCUUUGGUUCGUGCAAGAAAACAUGUUGAUCCCGCACGAUUGUCCACUGGACAACGACAUUACCCAGUGUUGCGAUGUGUGCGCCCCGCAGAACUCAAAGAACAAAACAUUCGAGCCGCUUCCGAUGUGUCGGAUGUUUAAAGACAGUGAUUUCACCCAUUUCGGCUACAUGUCGCUCCCGAAGCCACUGGAGUGCUUGUUGAAUGCUUUUCAAGUACCUGAGUCACCACGGAAACGGAGCGAUGACGACUGUAACAAUAUUACCUCUGGCAUAGUCCCGUCCGCUAUCGGGUCGACGUACGACAACGUUCUUCUUGCUGAACUCGAUAGUGACCUCGUUCGCGCUCGAGCGACUUCUAUGACAUGCUCUGACGACUCCCUCUCGUACGAUGGCGAAGUACUUACGAAAGUCCAGGCCUAUUCCUUGUCGGAACAAAACAAGCUGCUGCAAGAAUACGAAAGAUAUGAUGAUGAAGCUUUUGCGUUUGCAAUGGCGCCUAAAUUGGCGCAGAAGUCAUCCGACAGCGACAUUAGUGUCCGGGUUGCCACAACGCCUCCGCUUCGGCCAGGUAUGCCGCAUUUUGCGUCGGUGACCAAGAAACGGGCAGGAACCCUUGGAUCAACUGGCAAUGGAUACGAAAACGGAGGCAGCAACAGUUGUGGAGCUCGCUGGCGCCAAUAUGAACAAAGAGAGUCUUCCCCACUGAAUGUUGAUAUGGCUGAGUAUCGAGGGAGUUUGGAGGCUACGGUCGGGUCAUUGGGUGACGAUAAGGACAAACCUCGCAUAAAUUCGAGUUCUUUUCCUAACACGUUUCAGCUAGGCGACGGUAGUGGCCCGAGUCACAAUCCUUUUACUUCAAGCCCCAUCCUACGUCCUGCAGAAGGUGCUGUUAAUGAAGACAUUUUUCACUCUCAGGCAUAUAUGUUAAAGCAGCUCACGAGCAACCAGCGUCGAUGGAGUCAAGUUCGGCCACACGAAGAUCAGCAGUAUAAAAUUGCGCAGAAUGUUUUGAAGUGGAGAAGUCUGUGUUUUCCUGCACUUUUGCCACUAGCAAGUGACUUCAUGCCGGCGCCGAAAGAAUUGCAAGCGCACUAUACGGAGUCUUUCUACAGUGUAAUGCUUCCUGAACGUGACGAGCAAAACGGUGUCAUGUUCCGCGAUUAUCGUGAGCUGGUGCUGGAAAUGGUUGCACAGCGACUUUCCCAAGAUUUUCAACUGGUCUCGGUGGAAGUGUCGAGUGAAGUUGGUGGAAAAGCUGGCACUGUCUUUCGACUUAGCAUGGGCCAUCGAAUUCAUGAAAUUGUGUACAACGAAGAGACCCAGACAAUUGAUGUCAAGCGCUACCUUCAGAAGGUAACAACACGCUCGGACGUGGACAUCAUGGAGUAUCGCUACUUGCUAUGGUCGCCAAUUGUGAAUCGAUUUGCUACAGUCGCACAAGAAUUUCGCAAGUAUCCGAAGAUUGAGUACCAGUGGAACCAUCUGGACCAAUUAAUUUGCGGUUACAUCGACGAUAUGAGUGAGGGAAUUCGCUAUAAGCGAAGCCUCUAUUGCCUAUUCCCACCUCGACUAACAGGCUCCGAUGUCGACGAUCAAGAAAAUUUGCGAGAUUACGCAGAAGGCUGCCGAAAGUUUCUCGAGUUUUUGCGGGUCAAGGCAGAUGCAAGCACAGGGUUCCCGAACGUGAAGCUCUCGACCGAUUGGAGCAAAUACAUUACAACGAGCGGUACUGAAGCUUUCAAGCGUGUGGGGCAAAGGAGUGUCAAGAUGCUGCUGCAAACUAAUGAUGCGGUAACAAGCCAGAACUGGGUGAUUGCAAAGGUCGAUACGGAGGUGCUUCCAACGCAGUGUUACCACGUGGAAAUUCAAUGGCUUGUGUGUCGUGGCUCCCUUGUCGAUGAUCUAAUUACUGGCAUGAGCCGCCGUGCAAAGCAACUCGGACUGGAAUUACAGAGAGUGACUGAAAACGGCAUUUCAAGCAACCUGGACCUCCACCCGCUGAAUUGUCCCAUUUUUCUAAAGAUUGAUGACCCAUUUGAGCGACGAGAGGUAGAGAGAGCGCUCAUUGAGCGUUUUAACUUUUGCUGCGAGGCGUUGCACCCGAUCCCAUUUGCACAUGUGAACCAUUACGCAGAGUAUGCGAUCAUGACGCAGCAGCCUCGACUUCCACACGCACGUCGUAUGAUCUCGUACUAUCGACAAUAUGUGCACCGUUCAUUGUCGUGUUUUGCUCGCAUGACGCAGACUGGAUUAGUGUGGAUUUCGAACCAGAAGGUACACGACGACGAGAUCCAGCCGAUCUUUGACCAAUUGCGACAAUACAUUGAGUCCCUGCAGGUGGUGCGUUCGGCCCUGAUGAAUGUACUGGAUGAAAUGUUUGAAUCUGCCGAAGCAGCAGGAGUGCAAAAGUCUGGUGGAUACGAAGACAGUGAUACGAAAGUGAUGGAAAGUAUAAACGCAAGUACCAGGUGCAGUGAAGAAGAGAAGGAGAAGAAUCCCGCAGCAGUCAAUUCAAUGACGCAAACUGCCGCUUCCCAAUUGCAUGUACAUCGGCGAUGGAGUGGCAAAUAUAAGUCAGUGAAUGAGAAUAAACCGGCAGCAGCUUGA